CGGCAAUGGUCGUUAAGUAAUCGGAACGAAAAUAAAACAUGGCGGACGGAUCGUGUCCUACAAACAAAUCCAAGAAUUGACCGUUCAUUUUUUAAAGCAUGGAGGAUGAAGAUGAAAAAGAUAGUGAAGAUGACAUCUUGACAGGAUUCACUAAUUUCGUGGACAAUAAUUUACAAGUUUUCCAGGGUAAGCCAUUUGUGAUCAGUCUUCUUACAUGCCAGUUGUUUGCAACUGCUGUUUGGAUGAACAGCUGUGGAAAGCUUGGAAACCUAAUUGGCAGCAAAAGAUUUUAUGGCAAAAGUAACGUCUUAGGCUCAGAAAUCUAGGAACAAGUUCUGUAGGCCUUUUUACAAGUACCAUAAUACUCUUUCUUGUCCCAAAUUUUAUAAGCAUUGUUUCCAAUUAAUCUUGGGGUGGUUAAAAUAAAAUCAAGUCCCAAGUCCAAGAAAUUAAAAUAAAUAUUUAUCUAAAUAUUGGAGACAAAAGUAUUAUGGUAUUUUAAAAAAGGCUUACAAAACCACAACAGUAAAACUAGACAACAAAGAUCUAGAGCUGGGUCAAGGGGCCAAAAUGGUGUACAUAUGGGGUCCAAAUUAAAUUUGAUUGAUACAAAUUGCCCAAAAAAUGACUAGAAUGGACCCAAAUCACUUUCCCUAUAUGAAUCUGAAUAUUUUUAGAAUCCUGUUUAAUAGGACAAAUGGACAAAAUAUAUGUUUCUUUUACUUGUUUAUGAGGGCUGGAAGGCAGUAUGGGUUUCGGUUUAAUCUGGUUUCGAUUUAUGGUGUACUCGAUUUAUAGCGAGUUGUUGCCGUCCUGCUAGACACAAAUUUCCAAAAAUAUUGCCUCAGACCCAUGUAAGGAAAAACCAUGUAAAAAUGAAUAAGUAAUGCAACCCUUCUCGCGAUCUGAUUUUUGGUGAAAAGCACUGGGAGCGAGCUCGCUUUGGCAGACUUGGCAGACUUGGGACGUCGCCGGAAGACUUGGACUUCUUGAGAUCUCGGGAAAUGAAUGUGUAAGUCUUCAAAAAUCCCAGCACUCCCAGGAUAAAAUCUCUGCGCUUAUAUCUCAGAAAAAGUUGGUAGGUAUACUAACGGUAAUGCUUGAUAUACCAAGUCAAUACUGUAUAUGCCCUAUUGUCCUAUUCUAUUGUGUAAAGUUUAUUGUGUUACUGUGUAUGCUUGAGAUCACUGUUGUGUUCUUUGUCACAACAUAACUCAGGACAUGCUAUUCACUUGAUAUAUUGUGCACCAAAGCGAUCUAACACUUCAAAAAGUAGUUUGAUUUAGUUCCUGUUUAUAUUGUGAUGUGUUUGUGUCUCGCAGAGUUUGGCUUGAUAUUAGCAGGAGCAGGAGUUUUGCUCAUUGUAAAAGAACGCAUGUGGUAAGCAUAGUUUUUACGUGAGGUCCUCCAAUACAAACACAGAGUGCAAACUGAAAGAAAGUCAGCUUUUACAGGUUGCCAUUCAGGCAAGAUGUAGCUAAAAUGUACUAUCCCAAAAGUCAUUUUAACCAGCCUGAAAAAUUUUUGAUGAACAUUGGUUACAGUGCAUCUUUAGUUUGAAUUCCCCAAAAACUUUCACAGAAUAUUCACUUGCCUGAUAGCAAAAUCCACUUGUCCCAUGUGCUAUAGGACACUGCUUUUGCACACGCUGCAUGUUGUCGCAAUCAUGUUGUGUAGUGUGCUUGUCUCAGGCCAUGACUUAAAUAAAGAGGUAUCCUUAUAUACUUUCUGUAUAGGGUGCUUGUCUAAGAGCAUGACUUUAAUAAAGAAUAACGUAUUUCAUGACUAGACUUCCAGUAACUCCAUUGGACCCUAGUUAUUGACAACUAGAAUCUCGUCAAGUAUAUUAAACGUGUGUAUUCUUGACCUUAGAACAUAUUACUGAUCUUCUGAGUGGCUUUCUGUUACAGUGUGAAAAUAUAUUUUAUUUAACAAUAAUUAUUCCAUGAGUGUGCGCUGGAUAUGAGAUGGUAGAUAGCCAACGAGGUGCAUUAAGUAUUUAGUUGGCUAUAAUCAUCUUAUAUCCAACAAAUGUGGGUAAAUAAUUGUUUAUUAAAAACGCCCACAAAAUCUCAAUGAAUCUCCCCGACUUUUAUUUUGUUAGAACAAACUGAAAAGACAAGGGACUUCCGCUUUUCACAUGUCACACGCCUAUCAAAACUGUCAACGCAUCGAACGGACUGGAUGAAUGAAAAGUCAGAACACUAUAGCAAUGGACACUUUUAAAAAUUCAUUGAUUCAAUGAUCAUACACAGCAGGAUAGCUAAAAAACUCACAGAUAAUGAGAUCAAAAAGAAUUUUGAAGUGCAGCCAUCAAAAUUACUGUGAAUUUGGAUAUACGAUGUAUAUUUUUUCUGAUAUUCAGUUUAGCCAGUUCAGAGCAGUGUCAGAUGUCCCAACAGAAUUUGUUACCAAGAAUAUAUCUUUCCAUGGCAUUGUUAAGAAGUAAGAUCAGAUAACACUCUUGGAAUCUGUCACAUCCCACUGCUUAGAGGAUUUAGCAAGGUUCAUUCUUCGCCUGAUACAGGUAAAAUGUUUAAUUACGUAAAUUGCCUGUGACAAGUGCAGUCCUAAUAUUCAGUUUCUGGUCAAACUUAGUUCUCUGUCUGCAACCUUUUUUUACCUGCUCCACACUAUUCUGUCCAGGGGCUUUAUCUCGCCACAAAUUUUUGAACUUGAACUUUUUGUGUCUUGCUAAAUCACGUGAAUGAUCAAUAAAAAGUGAAAUCACUUCCCACCCACUUCCUAUUAGAUGCACUUUUAAUAAUUUUCACGAAGCACCCAAGGAUUGGUACCCUUCCCUGGCUUGAGUCAGGCUCCAGAUCCAAAGUUAUGCUUAACCACAAUGCUGUCACCCAUUAGAAUGGAAUUUACCACUAUUGUGAUAGGUACCAGCACUGGUUGCAUUUUUUCGUUGGAGAAAUCUAUUUCCAAUUCUUUUUGUCAUUAUUAUUUAAUUAUUUCAAGGCCAUAGCAGUGCAAAUAAUGGUGGGACCUCAAUUUUAACGCCGAAGAUCACAUUAAGUUUUGUGUGGAAUAAGGUUGAUUCCACAGCAGGCUUUUUAGCCAGAUAUUGAAAACUGGUGGUCCAGCAGGCAUCGUGUUUUCCCCGUGAAAUUAUAAGAGAUUAGGUGAAUUUUCCUUGUAUUUUUUGACAAAAAUGGUAAUCCAUAGGACAGCCGGACACCCUUCUGGCUAAAGCUUAUUCCAUGGCUGAUGUAGUAACUGGUUCACAGCUGUAUUAUCACAAGUUACACAAAGCUUUAUUGCAGGCAACUAUUAAAUUUUUGUCUUAUUUCAGCCGAUCUCAUCCCAGAAUAAUCUUCUCAAUGUUAGUUUACCAGGAGUGGAAUUGAGGGAAGGAGGACACCAGUGGUUAACAGACAAUGUUAGGUUGGCUAAAGUCCGUAUGAUACCAUUACAAAUCACUGCCAACAACACUUUGGACUGCAUUCUGUACAAGAGGCAGGUAAAUAAUAUCCAGUCGAACCCCUAUGUGUGUCCACCUUACCAUUUAUCCAAAACACUAAAAUUUUCCCAGUCAAAUCACAGUUGAACCUCUCAUAAAGGAUCACCUCUUAAGCGAUCAAGACUACUUUUUGGGAUGGCGGCGUUAGAAUUUUCCUCUGUUUUUAUCCUCCUGUAAGCGGCCAUUUAAUGCAUAGUUUAUCUCUAUGGUCAUUCUAUGUACUUCACCACAAAGACAAAGCGAUGCACUGGUAGUGAAAACAUGAAACUAGACAUAUCAUGAUCUAGAAAUUGCAGGCAACAAAUUUUCUUACCAAAUAUAAAUCUAUGUGUUCAGUCCUCUUCUGUCAAGGGACCCCCUGUGCUUCAAUUCUCAUAAGCUUUUAAGUUUUCACAUUUUGCAGGGUUGUCAUUAAGAGCCGGGGGCCGGGGAUUUUCUCUGGCUACUAAGAGAGUGGCCCCCGGCUACUUUUAUCGGAAAAUAGAAGAAAAAUGGAACCAAAAGAAAUCCUUAGCCAUUUGAUUUUCCGCCUACUUGUUGUGUCUACCUGGCAACUUGAAAUCUUAGUGACAACCCUGUUUUGGGUAUUUGCUUACAAGAGGUUUGAUUGUAGUACAUGUAGUACAAGGGAUGGCAAAGGGUCUGUCGCAGAUCUAGGGGAGGGGCACAAAACCCCUUACAUUUUAGAUCCAAGCCAGCCCUACAGGGCCAAUAAAAUUGUCAUACAGAGUGAACCUCAUUUGAUAUCUCAAGGGCUGGUUCUGCCACCAGUGGUACCUAGAAGAUGUGUGACUAGGAAAUGUUUGAUCCUAUGUGAAAGUUUUUAAGCAAUAAUUCACUAGGUAGUAUUAACUCAUUAGAUAUUGUUCAAGGCUGCUGCCAAACGGGUGCCCGGUCCACAGAGAUGCCUACGAUUUGCCCACGGCCACCAAAAUUUUAAAUAAGGAGCCCACACGGGCACCUAAAACUUAUGAUUCUUAUGCUAACUUCUAGUGAACGAACGGCAAAAUUCGCAGCUUAUUAGUGGCCCUUGAAUGUUAGCUGACCUUUACUAUGCUACUAUUUGUGCCCUUAUGAGUUGGAUAGACAAUAAAUUUGAAUCUUAUAGAUCAACCGAUUAGUGCACCACUUAUCGUGUGCUAGAAGUUGACAUGUUAUUAUGAAUUUUUUUUUUUGUGAAUGGGCUCGUAGAAAUGGGGCUCGCGUUCCUAACUUUUUAUUGGAGGAGCCCAAAGGGCUCCCAGAAAAUUUUCUUAGGCAGCAGCCUUGAGUGUUAAAUGUACAAUGUUAUGCACAAUUUCAAUGGUCUGUAAGGAAAUAUACAAUGGAAAAUUUCCUAUCUCAUUUCAAAGAAAGUUUCAAAUGUCUAUUUUUUAUGCAAAGUUUCUUGCAAAACUGCCUCUAAGAGACAGAGAAAUACACAUUGUGCCAUCAUUAUGUCAUUUCCAUGUCUCUUCUUUCGUAGAUCAUAGAAAUAUUUCAAUCAAUGAGCGUGUAAGAAAUGCCUUAGUUAUAAAAUAAGUAUGGGAACAGCAACUACCUAGAACAUUGAAAAACUUAAUCAAUGUUUUCUCCUUUACAGGGUUGGUUUCAAUCUAGGUGUGUGAAUGAGGAGUUGAUACGUCAAGGCGUGGCAGUAACAGUCCAUGUGCCCACACUCGCACGUAGUCUACCUUAUCACAAAUUACAAAGGAGACUUUUGAAAGCAGAAUUGCGAGCUGAAAAGAAAGGGGUUGGCAUCUGGGUAAAACCAUCACUGUUAGAAAGAUUACAAAACAUGAUCUCCUUUCCAGCUCAUAGGAUGAAGCAGGUGAUCUCUGCUGCUCAAAAUCUCUCAUUCACAAGGAUUUGUUCAAGAAAAAAGAAAGACAGCUAAAGGCAAUGUUGACAAAAAUUAUUGCAUUUACAUCUUCAAGUGCCACAUGCACCAAACAUAGACAUGGGGGAAUAUUCAAUACAAUCAAUGCUCUAUGUGUGGAAGUACCCUGGUCAGAUGUUUUUCUCAUUCUACACACAAGAACAAGUUAUGAAGUAGCAGGGUGGACAAACCUCUGGUUACCUUGGACUAAAAUCUGACUCUGUUAUCGUGCAGAUUUAAGAUGACAAACUAAAAAUAACAUGAGGAAAGGACUGAAAGCUUCAAUAGGG